ACAAUAGCUUGUACAGCUGUUGAAUUCUAUAUACACAAUAACAGUAAACACAAAGUAAGUCUUAAAACGUUUACCAUUUUUUUGUUAGUAGGAAGCAUGUUCAAUAGCACAAGGAUUGUUUUCUUAAGAUUAUGCAACAGGAAUAUUUUAUUUUCGCAUGAAGAUAGUAAUCAUGUUUGUUAGGCUCAGAAAGUUUAAAAUGAUCUUACUGUAUUUCAUUGGAAUAGUAUCAUUUUUGUGCAUGAUCUUCAGCGUUUUCCAUGGUUUUCGGAUAAUAAGGCCAAAUAUCCCCGGCAGAGGUCGUUCACGUACAUCCUAUCCUAAUGUUACCAUGGUCAAAAUUCUGUUCUUUAAUCCGCCAUCUUGGUUUAGUGGAUUUGAUUUCAGUAACUGUGUUUACAAGGACUGUAUAAUAUCUACAAACAAAACAGCAAACAUAAACAACAGUGAUGCGGUUAUAUUCAACCAUGCUAGUCUCCCAGCUUAUCCACCUCUCAAAAAGCAGGGACAAAAAUGGAUAUUUACUUGUUCCGAGAGUGCUCACUAUGGCGUCAAAACUUGCACUACCCCGCAAUGGCGCUACAAGUUCGACUGGACCAUGUCCUAUAGACGAGACUCAGAUUUCUUCUUUGGAUAUGGUGACAUUGUUCCUAAAAAGGAAGUGACAAGGAAAAAUUACGAAAAAAUCUACGAAGAGAAAAAGAAACUGGUCGCCUGGAUAGUUAGCCAUUGUUUUACACAAAGUAAGAGAGAAGAAUAUGUGGAAGAGAUGUCAAAGAUAACAAAGGUUGAUGUGUUCGGGAGUUGUGGGAGCUUCAAGUGUGAAACAUUCAAAGGAAAUGAAAACGACACAUGUCAUGACCUUGUAGCCAGAGAUUACAAGUUCAUUCUGGCGUUUGAAAACUCCCUGUGUCGAGACUACACGAGCGAGAAAUUUUACUACGCGUAUGCGUACGACAAACCAAUAAUUCCCGUUGUUCUAGGAUCUUUUACCCUCGAAAACUACUCACAUGGAGCUGUAUACAUUGAUGCCAAUAAGUUCCGUACUCCGCUACAUCUUACAAGACGUCUAGUAGCCUUGGGUAACAAUAGGGAAUAUUAUAUAGAUCUUUUGAGAAAGAAAGAUAGAUUUACUUCGUUAACUUCAAACCAGACAUUCACGAAUGCAAUGUGUAAGAUGUGCGAGGGUCUUACUCUGGGUAGACCAGGGCGCCUAGAUCUGGAUAUCGCCGAAUGGUUCUUCGAUGAACAACUCUGUCAAUCCUCUGAUAAAACUGGCAUCACUUUCAAAACAGGAACAAUCAACAGAAAAAUGGCCCAGAAGUACUUAAAUAAAGGUUGAAGCGAAUCCGCUUAUUUUAAGGGAUAAAUGUAAGUUAUUCAGGGGCAAAGAAUAAAAGCCACUUAAUGUAUCCCACCAAUACAUUUAGGAAAAUCUAGUGAAGCACGUUCAAACAGUUGGAAGCCAAAUAAAACAACGGAAACUUAGAGGACAUCAGUUGAUGGAUUUUAACAUACCGGUACCUCAUUUGCCAUGUGUGUACUUCGUCAUAAAAUCAUUUAGUAUGAUUAAAAUGCUGAAGUAGAUAAAAACAACUGCCCUUCUGCCACACCGAAUCACCUUAGACCUGGUCUUCUUUAUAAGAUUUUUCCUUAUAUACAUGUCUAUUUCAGUAUAAUAUUUUGACCGCAUUUUGCGUCACCAUCCUAUAAAA